CCCCCAUCUGACAUACACGGACGGUGACGGCGGAUGCUUCCCAAACUCCUCCUACUUCUUCAUGCUGAAAGCCUGAUAUCACAGCUACAGACUGACGGACUGAGGCCUGCAACAACAAGAGCAUCCAUCCCAGCAUCUCCUCUAAAAGGCGCUUUCACUUUCAUCUCCCACCAGUCUCCCCUUCCCGACCCCCCCGAUGCCUAAAAACAGCAAAGUGACGCAGCGGCAGCAAAGCAAUGAGCACGUCACAGAGUCGGUGGCUGACCUGCUGGCCCACGAGGAGCCCCUCGAUUACAAGAGCAGCUCGCUGAAGGUCGGCGGCGCUGCCAGCGGGUCGGCUUCCAGCGGAAAGAAAGCGCCCCAGAUCGAUGCGCCGGAAAAUGACGGCCGGCCGGCGUGGAACAGCAAGCUGCAGUACAUCCUGGCACAGGUGGGCUUCUCGGUGGGCCUAGGGAACGUGUGGCGCUUCCCCUACCUGUGCCAAAAGAACGGAGGAGGAGCUUAUCUGGUCCCCUACUUCAUCCUCCUCCUCAUCAUCGGCAUCCCGCUCUUCUUCCUGGAGCUGGCAGUGGGUCAGAAGAUCAGACGAGGAAGCAUCGGGGUGUGGAACUACGUCUGUCCACGCCUCGGCGGGAUUGGGAUGUCGAGUCUGAUGGUGUGUGGCUUUGUGGGUCUCUACUACAACGUGAUUAUAGGCUGGAGUAUCUUCUACUUCUUCCAGUCCUUCCAGUAUCCUCUGCCAUGGAGCGACUGUCCCAUCAGAAAGAAUGGGACUCUUGCUAUCGUGGAGCCUGAGUGUGAGAAGAGUUCAGCCACGACUUACUUCUGGUACCGCCAGACGCUGAACACGACCAGCACCAUCGCAGAGAGCGGCGGCCUCAACGUUCAAAUGACGUUAUCUUUGCUGGCGGCGUGGAUUAUCGUGUGUUUGGCCGUCAUUAGAGGCAUCGCAUCUUCUGGGAAGGUGAUGUACUUCAGCUCUCUUUUCCCCUACGUGGUGCUCUUCUGCUUCCUGGUCAGAGGUUUGAUGCUGAAGGGGUCUGUGGAUGGAAUCUAUCAUAUGUUCACUCCAAAGCUGGAGAAGAUGCUGGAGCCCCAGGUGUGGAGAGAAGCGGCCACCCAGGUGUUCUUUGCCCUGGGUCUGGGCUUUGGCGGGGUCAUAGCUUUCUCCAGCUACAACAAAAUAGACAACAACUGUCACUUUGACGCGGUGCUCGUCUCCUUCAUCAACUUCGUCACGUCCAUCCUGGCCACGUUGGUGGUGUUCGCCGUGCUGGGCUUCAAGGCCAACAUCAUGAACGAGAAGUGUGUCACAGACAAUGCUGAGAAGAUCCUCGGAUACCUGAACUCAAAUGUGCUGAGUCAAGAUCUGAUCCCGCCUCAUGUGAACUUCUCUCACCUCACCACCUCUGACUACGCCGAGAUGUACCAGGUCAUCAAAACGGUGAAAGAGGACGACUUCCCACAGCUGGGUCUGGAUCCUUGCAUCCUGGAGGACGAGCUCAACAAGGCUGUGCAAGGCACCGGCCUGGCGUUCAUUGCCUUCACAGAGGCCAUGACGCAUUUCCCGGCGUCGCCGUUCUGGUCCGUCAUGUUCUUCUUCAUGCUCAUCAACCUGGGCCUGGGCAGCAUGAUCGGCACUAUGACCGGCAUCACCACGCCCGUCCUGGACACCUACAAGGUCCAGAAGGAGCUUUUCACAGUGUGUUGCUGCGUCGUGGCCUUCCUGUGCGGCCUGCUGUUCGUCCAGCGCUCAGGGAAUUACUUUGUCACCAUGUUCGACGAUUAUUCUGCCGGACUGCCCCUCACGGUGGUGGUCAUCCUGGAAAAUGUGUCGGUGGCUUGGAUUUAUGGCACUAAAAGAUUCAUGCAGGACUUAGAGGAUAUGUUGGGUUUCCGGCCCAACAUGAUCUACUUCUACCUGUGGAAGUAUGUCUCCCCCAUCUGCCUCAUUGUGCUCAUCUCGGCCACCGUCAUAGAGAUGGCCAUCAGCCCACCUGGCUACAACGCCUGGGUGGAAGAUCUGGCCCAGGAGCGCUUUGAGAGCUACCCCUUGUGGGCGCUGGUCAUGUGCUUCGCCCUCAUCGUCGUGGCCAUGCUUCCUCUCCCUGUCGUCUUCAUCGCCCGCCACUUCAACCUGAUGUCAGACGGCUCCAACAAGCUGUCCGUCUCCUAUCGUAAGAGCAUGAUGAAAGACAUCUCCAACCUGGAGGAAGAGAACGAGGCCCGGUUCAUCCUGGGCGCCAAACCCGGCGACACCCCAGCGUCCGUGCCGGCACGCAAAGCCUACUUGGCUCCUGAAGGAGGAAAAGCCCUGGACCCCAACUCCUUGUCUCCCAACAGCUGCUAUGGAACAGGCUACCAGAAUGCUGCCAUCAGCCCCACUACGCCGACCACUCCUACCACGCCCGAGUCGGACUUUUGAUCGCGUCCAAACACAUCUCAUAUUUCUAACACCAAGCAUCCACUUGUGGUCAUUGCCCACUAUCUAAUAGCAUUAUUGUAGCAGUCCAAUCUAUAUCCAUAUUGCAGCACAGGUAAGGUCAUCUAUAGAUAGAUUGAUUGAUCUUUGUUGUCAUUGCACAAAUACAACAAAAUGUUGUUUUCAGCACAAACUCGUUCAAGAUUAGACAAACAAACAGUGUACAGCCGGCUUGGGCAAUUAUUCUGACUCGGGGGCCACAUUUAGAGAAAAAAAUGUAUCUGGAGGCUGGUAUAUCUAUUCUUUGGGACACUAAUACUAAACUUCACAAUAAUGUCUGAUUGAAUGCUAAAAACUUUAUGACUGACCGCCUUAAAAAACGUAAUGGAAAUUUACUUUUUUUCUAUGAACGAUAAAACACUGAAUGUUGACAAAAUAUGAAAAUCACACCCCCUUUCGAUUGAACUAUUUUACAAUCAAGUGAAACGCAACAAAAAUUCAACAAACAGUGAAAUGUAAACAAAGGGUACAAAACAAACCCAUCUACAGUCUGACACAUCUGAUAUAUCAUUAAGCUUUAGAACUUUGUUGUGAAAAGCUCCUUCUGCGUCUGUGGAAACGCUUCCCGCCCACACUGCUCGGUGCCUCUUCUUAGCUGCUGUGACAUAGAUUACCAUAGUAACUAAUUAGAUUACCAUGGUAACUGGUAUAUCAUCCAUAAGCGCAGAUUCCAACCAUUGAAAUACUUAGUAUAGUUGAAGACUUACGGUCAUGAGAAAACAUCACUGUACAUCAUAAUGGCAGCUACACUUUCCCUCUUAAUGAUCUAAAAAAAAAUAUUUGGGAAUGUCUGGCGGGCCAGAUUGAAAAGCUUAACGGGCCACAUGUGGCCCCUGGGCCUGAAUUUGCCCAGGUCUGGUGUACUUACAGAACAAGAAUGCUGAUGGGUCGCCACAUGGCGCCCAGUAAAAGAUGGGUAAGAUGACUGAAAAAAAAUACAAUCUUAGACUAUGCAGUGUGUACUGUACAUACAUGAAAGCACCAAGCACUGAACAUAAAAUGAUUAAUAUUUACAGAGUAUCAUAAACUUACUCCAAAAGCUGCUUUAAAGACACAUUCACUUAAUUUCUUCAGACAGUGGCCAGGCAGGCAACUGGAGUUUUAUUUAAUCUACUGCAAUGUUUUGUCACUAUAGCUCACAUGUAGACAUGGAAAAAAUACGUUGUUAUACUUAAUCUGAUGUAAAUGAUAAGACAGUAAAGAUGCACCAUUUACAGUAUAGUUGUGGCAUAAACUACAUUAACUACAAAACCCAAAACCAGUGAAGGUGGAAAGUUGUGUAAAUGGUAAAUACAAACAGGUUGAAAAUAAGUUGAAAAGGAUUUGCAUUUUUUUUUUUUUUUAAACAGAAUCAAAUUAUUUGCAAAUCCUUUUCAACUUAUAGAUGGAUGGAUAGUACUUUAUAUUCAAUAGAAUGGAGUGCAAAGACAAGAUAUUUAAUGUUUGAACUGAGAAACGUUGAUAUUUUCUCCAAAUAUUAGCUCAUUUGGAAUUUGUUUCAAAAAAGCUGGCACAAGUAAUAGUAAUAAUAAUAAUAAUACAUUUCAUUUAUAAGGCGCCUUUCAGGCCACUCAAGGACACCGUACAAAAUCAAAACAAUAAAAUCAAAUUGAAUAAAAACAACAAUAAUAACAACAACAGAGAUAGAUAAGAUAAGAUGAUUACAAAGAAUAAGCAGUCUGUGUUUUGAGUCUUGACUUGAAGAGGAAUAUUGAGUCCAAGUUACGAAGGUCUGGUGGCAAAGAGUUCCAAAGAUAUGGGGCAGUGCGGCUGAAAGCUCGGGCACUCAUUGGGGGACAGUUUAAAUAAGGGGACAGCGAGAUGGAUAGAUGAAGAGGAUCUUAGGGAACAUGAGGGCGUGGCGACAUGGAUCAGGUCAGAGAGAUAAGAUGGAGAGACGUUAUAGAUGGCUUUGAAAGUGAAGAUAAUUAUUUGAAAGUGAAUACGAUGUUUGAUGGGUAACCAGUGGAGUUGCUGCAGAACAGGGGUGAUGUGCUGGAUUGAAGGGGUUCUGGUGAUCAUCCCGGCUGCAGAGUUCUGGAGAAGCUGAAGUUUGUGAAGAGACUUGUGAGGGAGACCAAACAGGAGAGAGUUGCAAUAGUCCAGGCAAGAAGUGACCAGGCUAUGGACUAAUAUGGCAGCAGUAUGUGGGGUAAGGGAUGGGCUGAGACGAUUAAUGUUCUGUAGAUGAAAGUAAGCAGACUGGGUGAUGCUGUUUAUGUGGGCUUGAAAGGAGAGUGUGCUGUCGAGGAUGACACCCAGACUCUUGACUUGCGAGGACGGGGAGACAGAGGAAUUGCAGAGAGUAACAGACAAGCUGUUGGUUUUGGCAAGUAUGGUUUUUGUACCUACAAGUAGGAUUUCAGUUUUAUUACUAUUAAGUUGAAGGAAAUUGGAUGAGAACCACUGCUUGAGUUCACUGAGGCAGUCUGUAAGGGAGGAAGGAGGAAGAGAGACAGUUGGUUUAGUUGAAAUGUAGAGCUGGGUGUUAUCCGCAUAACAGUGAAAAUGUAUUUUAAGUUGAUGGAAAAUAUUGCCAAGGGGAAGAAUGUAAAUGAUGAAAAGCAGGGGACCGAGAACAGAGUCCUGGGGGACACCAGAGGAAACGGGAGACGGAGGGGAUUUAAAUGAACGGAGUUGAACAAACUGAGUGCGGUCGGAGAGAUAUGAUCCAAACCAGUGAAGGGGUGUGCUUGUGAUGCCUAUGGAGGAGGACAGUGUGUGAAAUGGUGUCAAAGGCUGCAGUGAGAUCUAAGAGGAUUAGGAUAGUGAGAAGACCAGAAUUAGCUGCCAGGAGAAGAUAAUUUGUGAUUUUUACUAGUGCUGUUUCAGUGCUGUACAGGGGGCGGAAACCAGACUGGAAUUGUUCAUAUAGGUUAUUUAAAGGCCUACUGAAAUGAGAUUAUCUUAUUUAAACGGGGAUAGCAGGUCCAUUCUAUGUGUCAUACUUGAUCAUUUCGCGAUAAUGCCAUAUUUUUGCUGAAAGGAUUUAGUAGAGAACAUCGACGAUAAAGUUCGCAACUUUUGGUCGCUAACAGAAAAGCCUUGCCUGUACCGGAAGUCACAGACGAUGACGUCACCCGUUGAUGGCUCCUCACAUCCUCACAUUGUUUUUAAUGGGAGUCUCCAACAAAAACAGCUAUUCAGACCGAGAAAAUGACAAUUUCCCCAUUAUAUUGAGCGAGGAUUCAUGUUUGAGGAUAUUGAUAGCGACGGACAAGGGGGAAAAAAAAAAAAAAACGCGAUUGCAUUGGGAAGGAUUCAGAUGUUUUUAGACACAUUUACUAGGAUAAUUCUGGGAAAUCCCUUAUCUUUCUAUUGUGUUGCUAGUGUUUUAGUGAGAUUAACAGUACCUGAUAGUCGGAGGUGUGUGUUCAGGGGUGUGUUAAAGUGCAGUGUCUCAGGGAAGUUGACGGCGCGGCACAAGCUCAGCUGAUCUCCGGUAAGAAGCGACUUUUUAACCACAAUUUUCUCAGUGUAACCUGCUGGUUGACAUUUGGUUGGGAUCCAUGUUUGCUUGACCGUGCUCUGAUCCAUAGUAAAGUUUCACCUCUGUGAAUUUUAAACAAGGAAUCACUGUGUGUUUGUGUGGCUAAAGGCUAAAGUUUCCCAAAUCCAUCUUUCUACUUUGACUUCUCCAAUAUUAAUUGAACAAAUUGCAAAGGAUUCAGCAACACAGAUGUCCAAAAUACUGUGUAAUUAUGCCGUUAAAGCAGACGACUUUUAGCUGUGUGCGUGUGCAGCGCUCAUAUUUCCCAACAGCCCGAGACGUCAAAUGUACACGUCAUCCUUACGCGACGUUUUCAAGAAAAAACUCCCGGGAAAUUUAAAAUUGCAAUUUAGUAAAAUAAAAAAGGCCGUAUUGGCAUGUGUUGCAAUGUUAAUAUUUCAUCAUUGAUAUAUAAACUAUCAGACUGCGUGGUGGGUAGUAGUGGGUUUCAGUAGGCCUUUAACUGUAGGUGGGAGUGAAGUUGGGAGGAGACAGUUUUUUCAAGGAUUUUUUAGAUGAAUGGCAGAUUUGAAAUUGGACAAAAUUUAUUAAAAUUAUUUGGUGGCAAGUGGCAAACAAGACUGAGAAAGUUGAGAAAUGCUCAUCAAACACUUAUUUGGAACAUCCCACAGGUGAACAGGCUAAUGGGGAACAGGUGGGGCCGUGAUUGAUUAUAAAAGCAGCUUCCGUGAAAUGCUCAGUCAUUCACAAACAAGGAUGGGGUGAGGGUCACCACUUUGUGAACAAAUGCGUGAGCAAAUUGGCGAACAGUUUAAGAACAAAAUUUGUUCUUUGGGUUUUGUAGAAGCGGGUGAUAAUCGAAGUGAGGUUGGGUAAAUUAUUUGUUUAUUGUUUAUUUUGGGGUGCAUGAGAACGUGGAAAGGAAGCUAUGUGGUGAUUUAUUGACAAAUAUAUCGCACAACAAAGCAGCAACAGAACCGAUUUUCACUUUUGAAAGCGGUUGGUGCUGGAAGAGGUUGCCUCCAGCUACGGCGGUUAAUACCAAUAUUUUUUGACCGGAUACAAGUUUGAGACCCUGGUAGGUAUUUGCUUUUGCCAUAAGAGGAGACUUUAUGGUUAAUAAAAUAGAGGCGCCUAUUGAAGCGUUUAUGGGAUAAUUAUUAGAAUCAAUUGUGGUGUUGACUGAUGUUAAAUAAUUAGCCGCUUGGGGUGGGGUGCAUUUAUGUGAAGUGUUUAUUCAUUCAGUUAUCUGGGGCAGAGCACCUACGAUAGCACCGGCCACUAUUUAAGGAAAUACACUGUUAUGCAAUAAUUGUUAUACAGCAAUAUAACAAUAAUGUGCUGAUAAUGUAUGACAUCAUCAUCCGGCACACACUUUGUCAUCGCAGGAGGUCGUUUUUCUACACCAAAGAAUAAGAAGCACACACCUAAACACUUAAAAUCUUCGUUUUCUUAUACAAACAUAGUACAAAGACACAUUUAAGUGCAAAAGCACAAAAUAGUUGACAUUAAACUGUGCACUACAAUGCACUCAUUGUGUAUAUGGAAGCAUAAGUGAUGCUUAAUAUUAAGUAAAAUAAUGCAAGCACAAAAGGUGCGCUGUACUAAAGGAUUGUGCAACAUCAUCAACAUGACACCAACAGUAUUUAAUAUACUAAACAUGCAUUACACUGCACAAACACAUUUAUAUUUAAUAUACUAAACAUGCAUUACACUGCACAAACACAUUUAUAUUUAAUAUUAUAAACAUGCAUUACAUUGCACAAACACAUUUAUAUUUAUUAUAAACAUGCAUUUACAUUGCACAAACACAUUUAUAUUUAAUAUUAUAAACAUGCAUUCCAUUGCACAAACACAUUUAUAUUUAAUAUUAUAAACAUGUAUUCCAUUGCACAAACACAUUUAAGCGCCACAUUCACUUGUAUUGAUUGUAAUGAAAGCUGCGGAUUGUAAACAAGAACUUUUAUGUUACGAGGCGAAUAAUCACAUUACAUAUUAGAUUUUUUUUUUUUAAAUUAAGUUAUUAAAAUGAUUUACACACAAUAUGUAUACGCACAUAUAUAUACACACAUUGUUAUAUACAAGAAAAAAAAUAUACACAAACACAUACACACACAUAUAUGUAUACAUACAUAUGUAUAUAUACAUAUAUACGUACAUAUACAUAUAUGUGUAUGUAUGUAUAUAUACAGAUAUAUGUACAUAUACAUAUAUGUGUUUAUAUAUAUGUAUAUAUCAUAUAUGUGUAUAUAUACAUAUAUAUAUGUAUGUAUACAUAUACUGUAUAUGUAUAUAUACACAUGUGUAUAUAUAUGUGUGUAUAUAUAUAUAUACAUAUAUGUGUGUGUAUAUAUGGGUAUAUAUAUAUAUAUAUAUAUAUAUAUAUAUAUAUAUAUAUAUAUAUAUAUACAUAUAUAUACAUAUAUGUGUGUAUAUAUACAUGUGUAUUUUUUACAUAUGUAUAUGUAUAUAUAUAUAUAUAUACACACACAUAUGUAUGUACAUACGUUUAUAUGUAUAUACAUAUAUAUGAAUGCAUAUACAUAUAAAUAUAUGUUUAUAUAGAGUCUUUCUGGGUGGAGUUGUUGUCCCCGUGACUCCGUGGGUUCCCUCCGGGUACUCCGGCUUUCUACCACUUCCAAAGACAUGCACCUGGGGAUAGGUUGAUUGGCAACACUAAAUUGGCCCUAGUGUGUGAAUGUUGAGGCGGGGACUUGUCCAGGGUGUACCCCACCUACCGCCCGUAUGCAGCUGGGAUAGGCUCCAGCACCCCCCGCAACUCCAAAAGGAAUAAGCGGUAGAAAAUGGCUAUUUGUGUGUAGUGUUGCUCAAUGGAAUUAUAUAUUUUUUCUAGUGUGUGCUCUGGUAGUAAUGCAGUAUUGCAAUGUUAUGUAAAUAAUGGUUUUAUUGUUAUCCUUUAUUUUGUCAGCAAGCGUUACAUGAUGACUUACACACUUUAUUGUGUUUUUAUUUGUUAAAGCAAUAACCUUUUCAAAUGCAGGAAUGUGACUAAAGUAAAAUAUAUAAUGACAAUACAACAAAAUGGAAAGUGUACAAUAGAUAUUCCUUGUCUGUGUGUAUGCACUUUAUAUUCUAGACUUCCUUUCGGCUGACGGGUGUUGCUGAGCACAAACUGUAUACAGUAUUCUCCUCAGUCAUGAUGAUUGUAUUAUGAUGACCAUUAUUGUAGAAUGGAAGUGUGGUUUCACUACAAAUACCAAUAAAGAUCAGAUGAAAUGCUUCA